ACAGAGUGGGUCACAUGCUCACCGUCAGCGCUUAUCAACUGUCGUUCAAUUUUGAAGAAAGUGUUGAAAGAAGCGCUGCAUGGUUGAUAUGUUUCGAAACUAUGUAGCAUACUGACCUAACUGAUUUGUGAAUAGUUUCGGCGAAUUGCAAAACACAUUCAACCUUAUACAGGAAGAGCUCCAAGGGUUUUAGAAAAUCAUAUGCCGAUGGUGGAGAAACUCAGUAUCAAAGGACUAUGCGAAAACAGUCAUUCGGGUGAAGAAUACUAGCCGAACGAUUUACGUUCAGUUAUUGAUGGAGGAUCUGGAUCCAGAAGAGCAGUUUUUACAUCAUGCCAGGAAUGGUGACCUUCCUGGUAUACAGAAGCUUCUCAUGUCCAAGAUUAAAGACGCUGCCAAAAUCAACAUCAACUGCAAAGGUAAGAGUAAAUCUAACCUAGGCUGGACGCCUCUUCAUCUGGCCUGUUACUUUGGACAUAGAGCUGUGGUGGAGGAAUUACUUAAGGCAGGAGCGGAUGUUAACUUGUCUAAUAAUGUUGGAGACACGCCACUGCACAAAGCUGCCUUUACUGGAAGAAAGGAAGUUGUCAUGUUGCUGCUACGCUAUGAUGCCUGUGCCACUGUGAUCAAUGGAACAGCACAGAUUCCUAAAGAUGUCACUCAAAAUGAGGAGAUAAAAAGCAUGCUGGAAGCGGCAGAGAGGACAGAGGAGAGGAAACUAGAAGAAGAACUUUUGGAAGCAGCAAGAGAGGGAGAUCUUUCUACCAUGUCACAGCUGCUUAAUAGGAAAAAGCCUCCAGACAUUAAUUGUUGUGACCUAUUGGGAAACACUCCACUACACUGUGCUGCAUACCGCGGUCAGAAGCUAUGUGCCCUGAAACUUCUGAAAAAUGGUGCCAGAAACAACAUCAAGAACAAAAAUGAUCAGACUGUUUUUGACCUUGCCAACAACGCAGAGAUGAAGCAGAUCCUGGAAAUCAAAGGUAUGACUCACCAUGUCCAGAUGUUUGAAGGAGCCCUUUGGAAGAGUUCCAGGUUUUUUGGGUGGCGUUACUACUGGGUCGUACUCCAAGAUGGGGUUCUGUCCUGGUUUACUAAACAGUCAGAUGCUGCUGCCAAUGUUCGAAGACAAGGCUGUAAGCCCCUGACCCAAGCCCACUGUUUGAUCAAAGCCAAAGACCACUGUUUUUUCACCCUCAAAUGCUUUGAUGACAGUGUGCAUCAUUUCAAAGUGUCACCCACAAAUGACCCUGAGGCAACAAGAAAAAGGUGGCUGGAUGCUAUUGAGGAACACUCUGCUUACAGCACACACUACUGCUCUCAAGACCAGAGCAGUGAGGAGGACGAGGAAGAAGUCAUGAGUGUGGGAGAGCUGACGGAAUCACUACAGUCCGCUGAAGCUUGUCAUCAGAAGCUGGAGCAUGAGGUUUCCUCAUUCCUCUCCUUAGUGAAGGAAGAAGGAAGACUUGCAGACAAGCUACCUCCCAUAAUGCUGCAGAAGAUGAGAGUGGUGUGUGAGCUGUCAAGUGAGACUUGCUUGAAUCUCAGUCAUUGCCUAAGUCUCUUCUCCAGACAGGACGGGGUGCGCAGUCUGAAAUUGGAGCAGGAGGUGGAGAAGACUAAAAUCCUGUCUGAAGCACUACAAACUCUGGCUACAGAACACCACGAUCUAGAACAGUCCAUUGUCAAGGGCUCCUCUCCGCGAAGUGCUCUCAGCGAGGAUGAGUUCUACGACGCUGUCUCCGACUCUGAGUCUGAGCACUCUUUGAGCGGCUUUGAGACAGUGGCCAGCCAUUCGUUCGACGAGGAGGAGGACGACAAACACACAGCUCAGUUUAGCAGCAAGGCCUGUAGCCCCACCAGCAUGUCUCAAGAGGAUCACCAUGGCAAUGAGGAGGAGUCACCACCCAAUGGGAUUGUGAAGCACAGAACAAGUUUACCAGCACCUAUGUUCUCCAGAAAUGACUUCAGCAUCUGGAGUAUCCUGAGGAAAUGCAUUGGCAUGGAGCUGUCUAAGAUUACCAUGCCUGUGAUUUUUAAUGAGCCCUUGAGCUUCCUGCAGCGUCUGACUGAGUACAUGGAGCACACAUACCUCAUCCACAAGGCCAACGCUUCUACUAACUCCAUUGAGAGGAUGAAGUGUGUGGCAGCAUUUGCUGUGUCUGCUGUGGCUUCCCAGUGGGAGAGAACUGGAAAACCUUUUAAUCCACUAUUGGGAGAGACCUACGAACUGGUCAGAGAGGACCUGGGUUUCAGGUUGAUUUCGGAGCAGGUGAGCCACCACCCACCAGUCAGUGCAUUCCAUGCCGAAGGACUAAAGAAAGACUUUGUUUUCCAUGGCUCCAUCUACCCCAAACUGAAGUUCUGGGGCAAAAGUGUAGAAGCUGAACCCAAAGGCAUCAUCACACUGGAGUUGUCUAAGUACAAUGAGGCCUACACAUGGACAAACCCUACAUGUUGCGUCCACAACAUCAUAGUGGGGCAGCUGUGGAUUGAGCAGUAUGGCAAUGUGGAGGUGAUCAACCACAAAACUGGAGAAAGAUGUUGUUUGAAUUUCAAACCCUGUGGCCUUUUUGGCAAGGAAUUGCACAAGGUUGAAGGCUACAUACUGGACAAAAGUAAAAAGAAGGUCUGUUCGCUCUACGGAAAAUGGACAGAAUGUAUGUACGCAAUCGAUUCUGCUGCAUUGGAGACACACAGGAGAACCGGGAAGGGCACAGAGGAAAAGAAAAGCAGCAAACAGGACUCCGGUGAGGAGACUGAGGACACCCCCCUACCAGAGACUGACACUGUAGAGGUGAUCGCAGGGAGCCAGCUCCUGUGGAGGAUAGCCCCCAGACCAGCGAACUCUACAGAGAUGUACAGCUUCACGUCUUUUGCUAUGCAGCUGAAUGAGCUGGACAAAGAUAUGGAAGGAAUUAUCCCAAAGACAGACUGCAGACUGAGGCCAGAUAUACGAGCCAUGGAGAAUGGAGAUAUUGACCUUGCAAGUGAGGAAAAGAAGAGGCUAGAAGAAAAACAGAGAGCUGCGAGGAAAACUCGCUCCAAAUCUGAUGAUGAGUGGAAAACAAAAAACCCUGCUCUCGGCCCCAGGUGGUUUCACCAGGGUCAGAAUCCCCACAAUGGCUCCCAGGACUGGUUGUUCUCAAGUGGAUACUGGGACCGCAACUAUCCUCUGUUACCUGAUAUAUACUAAUGGACAUUCCUAUAAUAAUUACAUUGUUGCUCAUCCAGAUCAACCUUAUGUGAUACCCUUCCACUAAUAUGUUGAAUUGACUAACUAAUUACAGACAAUAUUUAAAAGAGAUUAACCCGGAAAGCCUUAAAGAUGCAGUCUGGGACUUUUCCAAAUAUAUAUAUUUUUUAAUAAAAUAUAAAUAUUUUAUUUUGGGCUGGAUAUGUAAUAUGUGCAUAAUCUAUAAGUGAAAUCACUGUCAUACCUCAGUUAUCCAUGAAAUUCCAGGUUUCAAAGCGAGUGGUUUGGUUCAAGUGGCACAUAUCAGCACAUGCAUAACAUAGUACACAAUGUUUGGGUACCCAUUUUGGCUCUAAAGUGCAACUUAUAUAACAAAAAAUCCCAGAAUGCAUCUUCAAUUUAUUACAACGAAAACACUGAGUAUCAAAAUUGCAAUAUUGUAUGUAUUUGUAAUAGAAGAGGUUCCACUGUGAAAUAGGCUCAUAAAAGUAGCAUUCAUAAUAGGUUACAUUUUCCAUGCAGACCUUGUUUUAAAGAAUUAUGACUUUUUAGCAUAAAUGGAAUUGUUUAUGCACUCCAUUGGUUGAAGUGUGUCAUGGUUAGACACUGUUUUUUUUAAUCACUUCAUGUUGCAGGGUUUUGUAUAUCAUGUGAUCUGUCAUAAUGUAUGCUAUUUUCACAACCUUACAUCCUUUACUAAAGGAAAUUGCAGUAUAAACACAACAAUCUGUUGCUUUUUAUGUAAUGUAAAGCUGUUUUGUUUUAUAACUUCUUUAUUUAAAAAUUAAUCUGUUACAGUCUGCACUUACAAAUGUACAUAUUCAGUGUGUUUGGAAUGUAUUUGUUCGUUUAUAGCUCUUGCUUUACUGAUAUUUAAAUAUCAGUAUUUCACUGCUUUUUCUGGUGACUUGUCUGUUGUAAAACCUUUUUUGUAUCCCUCCAUAUUCACAUCCAUUUGUGUUGCCUGAUGAUAACUAGGUGGAUUGGUAAUAUUUUUUUAUAUGAACCUUUAAGGUCUUUUUGCCUAAUUGAUUGUUGGAACAAAGACCUGUUGGAUAAAAGACCUAUUUCUAACUCGGUUUGCUCUCCAGUACUUCAAAUGCUGUUGAAUACUUUUCUAUAAAUAUUAACAACUUUAAAUGCAUAGAUCCCUUUAAUUAUGUUUUGCAGAGAGGUAAACUAUGCAACCAUCUGAAGGGACAUUGUAUAAACAAUCUAAACUGGUUUAUUCCUGUGUUAUCUUUAACAGCUGUUCUUUUACAUUUCUCUGUGACGAGGUCAUGGAGGACAUGGAUCAUAAUAAAGAAUAAUGAAAGCUA